CUCUGCCAGCAAGUCUGGAGGUUUGGCUGUGGUGGGGCUCCUGCUGAGUCUGGGGCCAUUGUGGAAGGCUGGGCACCUCGUUUACAGAGCAUAUCAGUCAGUUGCCCCAAAAGGUCCAUGUCCUGUAGACUUCACCAUGCUCUUCUGACAUCUCCCCUUUUCCCCCAGGUGCUGCUGCAUGAAGAGGUGGAUGAUUCUGGCAUUGUCAGUCUGUCUCGGCUGGGCCCCUGUCUAAAGGACAAGGACCUGGAGAUGGAGGAGCUGAUGCUGCAGGAUGAAACACUGCUGGGAACCAUGCAGAGCUACAUGGAUGCCUCCCUCAUCUCCCUCAUUGAAGAUUUUGGGAGCCUUGGAGAGAGCAGGUUAUCUCUGGAGGACCAGAAUGAAGUGUCACUACUCACAGCUCUGACGGAGAUCUUGGACAAUGCAGAUUCCGAGAACCUGUCUCCAUUUGACAGCAUUCCUGACUCUGAGCUGCUUGCCUCACCUCGGGAGGGCUCCUCUCUGCACAAGCUGCUCACUCUCUCUCGGACACCCUCAGAACGUGACCUCAUCACGUCAGUUGAUCCGCUGGGGCCCAGUUCAGGCAGUAGUAGAGUGAGUGGGGUUGAGAUGUCUCUCGCAGAUCCCCCUUGGGACUUCUCCCCUUCUUCCUUCUUGGAGACCUCCUCCCCCAAACUUUCUAGCUGGAGACCCCCAAGAUCCAGACCCCGCAGAAGCCAGUCCCCUUUUCCCCAACAGCGUAGUGAUGGGGAAGAAGAGGAGGAGGUGGCCAGCUUCAGUGGCCAGAUGCUUGCUGUGGAACAUGGCAACUCAAUGAGCAGCAUCCCAGACUUUCCCAUGCACCUGGCCUGCCCUGAGGAGGAAGAUAAAACAGCAGCCGCAGGUAUGGCAGUGCAGGCAGCUGGUGAUGAGAGCAUCUCUUCCCUGAGUGAGUUGGUGCGGGCCAUGCACCCAUACUGUCUGCCCAACUUCACCCACCUGACAUCACUCAACAAUGAACUUCAUGAGCAGCCGGAUGAUUUGACACUGCCUGAGGAUUGUGUGGUGCUGGAGAUUGUGGGCCAGGCAGCCACAGCUGGCAAUGACCUGGAGAUCCCAGUUGUGGUGCGGCAGAUCCCUACUGGACCCCAGCCUGUGCUCCUGGAUGACUCACUAGAGGCCAGUCCUGCCUUGCAGCUGCUCCUGCCUACACUUGAGUCAGAGACAGAGGCUGCUGUGGCCAAGGAAGCCCUCUGCCUUGAGAAAGAGGGGUUGUCACUGGACUCAGGGGAAAAGCUGGAGUCAGCCUUGUUGGAGCCCAAGGAAAUCAUGGAGCCAGUGGUGCCCAAGGGGCCUCAGAACCCACCAGCCGAUGCAGCGCUGAGUUCCCAGAGAACUCGAAAGGGCAGGAGAAAGAAGAACAAGAAACAACCAGCGGCCAGUACAGAAGGCUAUGCCAGGAGACUGAGGUCAUCCUCUUGUGGGCAGCCUACUGUGGCUACAGGGGUGAUCUCUCAAGCAGGCACUUUGCCUCAGGAGGAACUUCAAAGAGAGGUUGGGCCUCCCCAUGGUAGAGGGAAGCCCCGGGCUUGGGCUCGGGCCUGGGCAGGUACCUUGGAGAAUCUCGACCUCUACCCCAACCUGGGUGACACCAUCAAAGUUAACCCGGCUCCAUCCCUUAUCACAUUGGUUGAUUCUGCUCAUGCUGACCCCAUGCCACUUGAUUCUGUUGAAACUGAUCCCUCUGCAAUUGAUCCUGUUCGAGGUGACCCUGUAUCGAUUGACCCUGCAUUGGUAGACCUUGCUUCAGCCAACUCAGGGCUGGUUGACCCUCUUCCAGCUGACCCAGUGUUGACUGAGCCAGUCCUGGCUGACUCUCCAGCAGUUGACCCUGCAGUGGUUGUUCCUGUCUCAGAUGACUUGCCACCAGUUGACCCUGUCUCCACCAACUUAGCACCAGUUGACUCUGUUCCCAAUGACCUGGCUCCAGUUAAGCCUGUGCUAGUUAAGUCUAGGCCAACUGACCCCAGACGUGGUGCAAUGUCAUCAGCCCAGGGGAGUCCAGCCCCCCAGCUCCUUCUAGAGUCAGAGUCCUUGGACCCCCCAAAGGUCAUCAUCUCUGAAGUCAAGGAGAUCGUGGGUCCUCUGAAGGUGGAAGGUGAUACUAAUGCCACAACCCAGGAAACCAGACCUCGGCCUCUUAGUCUAUCUGAGUACCGGCGACGAAGGCAGCAGCGCCAAGCAGAGGCAGAAGAAAGGAGUUCCCAGCUCCCAUCUGGGAAGUGGCCCAGCCUCCCAGAAACCCCCACAGGGCUAGCAGACAUCCCUUGUCUUGUCAUCCCACCAGCUCCAGCCAAGAAGACACCUCUGCAGAGAAGCCCGGAGACUUGCUUUGUGCCUGUGGGUGGUCCCAGUCCUGCUUCUCCUAGUCCUGAGCCACCUACAAGCAAAUCUGUGGCCUCAACUCCCACUGAGCAGGUGCCAUCCCAAGAGAUGCCACUGCUAGUGAGACCUCCACCUCCUGCUGUGCAGUCCAUGCCCCCCACAAUGCCCACUGCUGUGCCUUUUCCACCGGGUGGGUUGGGCAUGACUCCCAUGCUACCCCCACCAACCUUGCAGCCUCCUAGUCUUCCAAUGCCUGUGGGGCCAGUGCCACCUGAUCCCUAUACUCACUAUGCUCCCAUGCCACCCUGGCCUUGUUAUCCCCCAGUGUCUCCUUCUGGCUAUCCUUGUUUGCCGCCCCCACCAACAGUGCCCCUAGUGUCUGGUACCCCUGGCACCUAUGCUGUUCCCCCCACUUGCAAUGUGCCCUGGGUACCCCCUCCUGCCCCAGUCCCGCCUUACAACUCUAGCUGUACUUAUGGGCCCAUGGGGUGGGGUGCAGGGCUGCAACACCCUCCAUUCUGGCCUACUGUGCCCCCACCACCUUUGCCUGUAGCCUCUGUUGGGAGAGCUGUUCCCCCACCCAAGGUGGAGCCCAGUGGCAUCCCAGCUGGCCCUCCUGAAAGUUUACCGCCUGUACCGAUGGCUCCUCCCCUCACUCUGGGAUCAACUGGCCAGGGAGCUCCACAGGUAGAGCCCACCAAGGUGGAGGUCAAACCAGGCCCUGCAUCUCCCCAUCUGAAACACAAGGUAUCCUCCCCAGUGCAAAGCCCACAGAGUAAGGUUUCACCAUAUCUGUCUGCUGAGAGUGUGGCUACUGAGGAGCCUGCAUCAGAGAGGUUAAAACUUGAGACCCAGGAGACCAAGUCCAGGGAGAAGACCCCCUCACCUGUUGCCAAGGCUGUUCCCACUCCAAAGCAGAGCACUGUCACUAAGUUGCCUGCUGUCCACCCAGCCCGCCUAAGGAAACUGUCCUUCCUGCCUACCCCCCGUAUCCAGGAUCCUGAGGAUGUGGUACAGGCUUUCAUCAGUGAGAUUGGAAUCGAGGCAUCGGACCUGUCCAGUCUGCUGGAGCAGUUUGAGAAAUCAGAAGCCAAAAAGGAGUGCCCUCCCCCGGCUCCUGCUGACAACUUGGCUGUAGGAAACUCAGGCAGCGUUGACCCUCCCCAGGAGAAGAGGCCCCUAGACCGGUUACAAGCCCCAGAACUGGCCAACGUGGCAGGGCUCACCCCUCCAGCUACCCCUCCCCACCAGUUAUGGAAGCCCUUGGCUGCUGUUUCCCUGCUGGCCAAAGUCAAAUCUCCUAAGUCCAUCGUUCAGGAGGGAACCUUGAAGCCUGAAGGAGUUACAGAGGCCAAACAUCCAGCUGCAGCCCGCCUCCAAGAAGGGGUCCAUGGCCCUAAUCCGGUCCAUGUGGGCUCUGGGGACCAUGACUAUUGUGUCCGGAGUAGAAGCCCCCCCAAAAAGACUCCUGCUCUAGUCUUUCCAGAGGCAGGCUCCCGAUGGAACGUCAAACGCCAUCAGGAUAUCACCAUCAAACCUGUCCUGUCCCUGGGCCCAGUCGCCCCUCUUCCUCCAGGCACAGCUGCCUCCCAAGAGCCACUUGAUCACAGGACUAGCAAAGAGCAGGCAGAUCUCCCAGCCCCUUGCCUUGCCCCAUCUGCCUUGCUGUCCCCUGAGGCCUCGCCCUGCCGGAAUGACAUGAACACUAGGACUCCCCUUGAGCCCUCAGCCAAGCGGUCAAUGCGCUGUUAUCGAAAAGCCUGCAGGUCAGCCAGCCCCCCAAGCCGGGGCUGGCAGGGCCGCCGUGGCCGCAGCAGUUCUGUCAGCUCUGGGUCCAACCGGACCAGUGAAGCAUCUUCUUCCUCAUCCUCAUCGUCGUCUUCAUCCCGAUCCCGGUCCAGGUCCCUCUCCCCCCCACACAAGAGAUGGCGAAGGUCCAGUUGUAGUUCCUCUGGAUGUUCCCGAAGAUGCUCUUCCUCUUCCUCAUCUUCCUCCUCAUCUUCCUCAUCCUCAUCAUCUAGUUCCCGAAGCCGGUCCCGCUCCCCAUCCCCCCGCCGGAGAAGUGACAGGAGACGGCGGUACAGCUCUUAUCGAUCACAUGACCAUUACCAAAGGCAGAGAGUGCUGCAGAAGGAGCGUGCAAUAGAAGAGAGAAGAGUGGUCUUCAUUGGGAAGAUACCUGGCCGUAUGACUCGGUCAGAGCUGAAACAGAGGUUCUCUGUUUUCGGAGAGAUUGAGGAGUGCACCAUCCACUUCCGUGUCCAAGGUGACAACUAUGGCUUCGUCACUUACCGCUAUGCUGAGGAGGCAUUUGCAGCCAUCGAAAGUGGCCACAAGCUGAGACAGGCAGAUGAGCAGCCCUUUGAUCUCUGCUUUGGGGGGCGCAGGCAGUUCUGCAAGAGAAGCUACUCUGAUCUUGACUCCAACUGGGAAGACUUUGACCCUGCUCCUGUAAAGAGCAAAUUUGAUUCUCUUGACUUUGACACAUUAUUGAAACAGGCCCAGAAGAACCUCAGGAGGUAACCCUGGGCCCUUCUCCCCUUCCCCCUUUUUUUGGAGGUGUCCAACCAUCUCCAACCCCCUUCCCCACUCUAGGGGAGAGAGCUGCUAGUGAGGAGAUGACUGUUUUAUAAAGAAAUGGAAAAAGUGAAAUAAAAAAAUGUGUUAAAUCAGAUUUUUUAAAAGGGUAUUUGUUUUUAUAACAGGCAUUGAAACAAGUUAAUUUGCAUUCCUAUUUGAGAUGGAUGACAUUGAGGGAUUCCCCCUGUGUUUGGAUGAUAAAAGUCACUAUGCAGACUAAUAAUAAAUAUGAACUAGAGAGAACA